AUGAAACCAUACCACGCAGUUUGCAUCUUGGUGGCUGCCUUGCUGCUGCACUCACAGUGUGCCGAGGGACGACGUCGUAAACACAAGGGCGACGAUCAUGAGAAGUCAGAGCAACGAAAGACAAAAACCAAAACCAAGUGGUCCAGCUCGACCGAUCUUGGUGGCAUCAAUGCGCACGUUUCCUCCGAAGAGCAUGGAUACUACGUGAAGCGCACUUACUCGCCAACAGGAGAAGCCAACAAGAAGCAGCUUAGUCCGCCCUUCCUUGCCAUACCCAUUGCCUGGUUCAGCUGUGGAGCUGAUACUGGCUGCCAGACCACGAGUAACUCUGGAGGAAUGAAUGGCGCUGCCCAAGCACUGAGUGAAGGUUUCUUGUGCGAUGAUGACUGUAAUGAGCCCUAUGCACCCAUUUGCGGCAAGACACCGACUGAGGUGGCUGUUUUCUACAACAAAUGCAAACUCAACGUAGCCAAGUGUCGUACACACGGCCUUUGGGCCGAUCUUCCCUAUGAGCAGUGCCAACAGACUUAUCCUAAGGAGACAGCUUACACAGACAAGAAGUUCAAAGCAUCGCCCUACUUCUCGGCUACAAAUGCAGUUGACGCUCAACCAGACAAGCCUGUCGAAUUGCCCAACAACAAUGUUGUCGAGGGGCAAGCUCAACCAGAGAAUAAUGUGGAACCAAUUGCCGCAUCUUCAGGCGCUCCGAGGCCAACCGCUAAGCCCCUAGAGGCCGCCAUGGCAGCUGCUUUGGAUGAGAUCAAUGCGAAAAUAACUGAAGCUGAGAAAGUUGUGGCUCGAGAUUCGAUCAUCCAGGUCCAGGCUGAUAAGGAUAGACUUCAAUAUAAAAUAGCCUAA